GCUGCGACAUUAAAACCUUACCUAAAUGCUGUCAGAUCUUCUUUGACUGCUGCCAUGUGUCUUCAGAACUUUUCCUCUCAAGUUAUUGAACGGCACAACAAACCUGAAGUUGAGGUCGGAAGCAGUAAGGAGUUGCUCUUAACACCGAUUAUUAUCAGCCGUAAUGAAAAGGAAAGAGUGCUGAUUGAAAGCUCUAUCAAUUCCAUCCGUGUUAGUAUUGCGGUUAAACAGGCCGACGAAAUUGAGAAGAUACUAUGCCACAAGUUUAUGCGUUUCAUGAUGCUGCGUGCUGAGAAUUUCAUUAUUUUAAGACGAACACCAAUGCAGGACUAUGACAUUAGCUUUUUAAUUACCAACUUUCACACGGAAAUGAUGCUGAAACAUAAAUUAGUUGAUUUCGUGAUUCACUUCAUGGAAGAUAUUGAUAAGGAAAUAAGCGAAAUGAAGCUUGCAGUCAACGCACGCGCUCGUAUAUGCGCGGAAGAAUUUCUUAAAACGUUUUAGUCGUAGGUACACGACUAUUCAAGAAGAAUGAUUUCUUGCUUUUCAAAUAAUUAAGUCUGACUGAUUUGAAACUCGAGUUUAAGAAAUACGUUCGUCAUAUCUCGAAUCGGCUAUUACAUCUGCUGCUAUUGAUCUUUUCCUAGGGGGCAUAAAUUUUAUGCUAAAGUAUUAUGAGCGCUAUUACCUAGAAUUGAUCUGCUUUAUUUAUAAUUAAUCGAAAUUAAUUGCAUCGAUUAUUUACAGAUCACAGUACUUAUUAAAACUAAGAUAAUCAACUAACCUUUAAGCGAAAUCUUCUAUUUUAAUACAACUAUUGGUGUUCUGAGAAAACACCUCCUAUUAAUGAUUUUUUAAUUACUUACAAAGGAGUAUGACAGCGUAGAA